CGGGUGGGGGCAAGGAGGCGGGGCCGCGCAGGCGCCGUGAGGGGCGGUAGCGGCGGCGGCGGCGGUAGCGGCGGCAGAGGCGGCAGCUGUGAGGGGGUUCCGGGAAGAUGGUGCUGAUCAAGGAAUUCCGUGUGGUUUUGCCAUGUUCUGUUCAGGAGUAUCAGGUUGGACAGCUUUACUCUGUUGCCGAAGCUAGUAAGAAUGAAACUGGCGGUGGAGAAGGAAUCGAAGUCUUAAAAAAUGAACCUUACGAGAAAGAUGGAGAAAAGGGACAGUAUACACACAAAAUCUAUCACCUAAAAAGCAAAGUUCCUGCAUUCGUGAGGAUGAUUGCUCCAGAGGGCUCCUUGGUAUUUCACGAGAAAGCCUGGAACGCAUACCCCUACUGUAGAACAAGUAAGCAGAAUGAAUAUAUGAAAGAUGAUUUCUUCAUUAAAAUUGAAACAUGGCACAAACCAGACUUGGGAACAUUAGAAAAUGUACACGGUUUAGAUCCGAACACGUGGAAAACUGUUGAAAUUGUCCACAUAGAUAUUGCAGAUCGAAGUCAAGUUGAACCAGCAGACUACAAAGCUGAUGAAGACCCAGCGUUAUUCCAGUCAGUCAAGACCAAGAGAGGCCCUUUGGGACCCAACUGGAAGAAGGAGCUGGCAAACAACUCUGACUGCCCUCAGAUGUGUGCCUAUAAGCUGGUGACCAUCAAAUUCAAGUGGUGGGGACUGCAAAGCAAAGUAGAAAACUUCAUUCAGAAGCAAGAAAAAAGGAUAUUUACGAACUUUCAUCGCCAACUUUUUUGUUGGAUUGACAAGUGGAUUGAUCUGACAAUGGAAGACAUUAGGAGAAUGGAGGAUGAAACUCAGAAAGAACUAGAAACAAUGCGUAAGAAGGGUACCGUCCGAGGCACGUCGGCUGCUGAUGUCUAGAUGAGUCCCCUGUAGGGUCAGAGACAAUAUCAAACUGUUUACGUAAUCAAGGUCAAGUGAGGGGAACAAGUGCAGCCAGUGAUGAGUGAAGAAGAAUCUGACCGGUAUCUUGCAGUGUUGACGUUUCCCAGACGUGUGCUUGUGAUUAUGUACUCACGUGCACAGAUUCCCAACCACGUGUGUAUAUAUGUUUGUGUGUGUGUGUGUGUCUGUAGCUGUAUAUAAGACGCAUGUAGAGCUACAGAUCAAAACACACACACGUGUAUAUAUGUACAUACAAACAUACUGAAGGGAUUAGUACAAUUUCUCCAAAGUACUGUACCUAUCUUCAGCAAGAAUGCAAAAGAAAAUAUUUUCAAUAUAUAUACCUGGAACAGAUUUUAAUAAUUAUCAGAGUAAUACCAUUAAUGGACAAAUUGACUGCAAUGUAAUACUAGCUGGUAUGUUUCAUAAAUGUCGAAUUGUGGACCAAUACGUGUGUGUGUGUGUGUGUGUGUGUGUGUGUGUGUGUGUGUGUAUACACACACAACAUCGCCUUUUGUUACUUUUCUGUUCUUUUAAAUCCGUCUCUUAUAAAAUUUUAUUUUAGUCUCAUAAGCAACAGACUCCCACAGAAAAAUUUAUUCAACAUCUUUUGGUAUUCCAAUGAAUCUGGAAUGUAAACUCUGAAUGUAUUUAUACCGAUUUAUUUCUGGAUGGCUAUUAUCUUAAAUUCAAAUUGGACAAUGUCUGUUAGUAAGGAGUGUAGUUACCUGCCAAUUUUUAACUUGUUUGCCCUGAGGGAAAAAUCGUUUAAAAAAAAAAAAGUUCCGGUUUUUAUUGGAUUUUUGUAUUUUAAAUUUCAAGUAUUUUUCUACGUCAAACCUAGCAAAAAUGGAGAUGACGGCUUGUGAUUUAUAGUAAACACUAUACAAUUUUCAGGCUCCUGUUAGGCAAGCAAAGAAAUUGAUGAAGAAAUUAAUAGCAUUGUAGGCUGCAGGAAAACUUGGAAGUAGAGCAUUUCCGCAGAGUCUUGUUUCUGGAAUGACUGUUUUCUGAAAUUAGAGCUUGGAAACUAUGCAAAUGAUCUCGAUUCCUCACAGCUUACGAGGUAGAACACAGAUAGUGAUGACGGUUUGCUCUUUUCAUAUUGAAAUACACCCUAAGAGAGAAGGCGCCUUUGAGACAGCAGGGAGGGAGGGAGGAAUUGGGGGGGCAGCACUGGCCUGUCCGCACACCUUCCUAGGCCGAGGCCCUGCUGAGGGCCUAGCCCUCACUAGAGGUGCUGUCUAGUAGGGCGCCACUGGAACCCGUCACGAGUAAGCGUCACGAACAUGCUGGUUAGCAGCCGCGGCCACCUUGUCUUCUUCCUUCUU